GUCUCCAUCAACAAAAGAUAUAAGGUGGAAUAGUAGGGAUUGGCUGCCCAUGCCUGGAUUUUUAUUCAUUGGUGCCCAUGUUGGUAUUUACUGUACCGUCUACCAAAAAUAGCAAAGCUUUCUUCAAAAACAGGGCAUGGAAAUGAACUGAAAAGGUCUCGUUGAAUGAAGGAGCUUCGGCAAUCAUCACAUUGAUCGCAUUGUCUAACAUCAAAUAAGUGCUGUUAAAUCCCUUUGUUGUGUCGUUGCCUGCAAAGAAAACCCAAGGUCUUGCAUGCCUGUGUAUAAUGAUGAUUAAAAACUGUUUUGUAGAAAUGGAAGGCUUCUAAAACUUGACUGGAAUUUUUGUCAGGAAAGAUGUCUCGAAUUGACAUUAAAAAACCUUCCCUCUGCACCACUGGUCCUUUAACUAAGGAGGUGGUCAGCCAGGCUGUCUCCACAUUUGGUAAGAUAAUGAGGUCCUGCUAUGGCCCCACAGGUAGGCUUAAACAAUUUCACAAUGGCAUGGGAGGAUACGUUCGUAUUUCAUCACAAUCUUCGGUUUUGUUCAGUAGCCUUUGUGUCACUCUUCCCGUCUUAAAGCUUCUGGUAGCCUCUGUGCAGAACCACCUUGCGCUCUUUGGGGAUAGCGGCUUAUUUACGGCAAUUUUUUGCUGCAGCUUGCUUGAAAAAUACCAAAGCCUGAAUAUUGCUGCGUAUACUUUCAUUAAAAUUAGCAAACAUAUUUUGAGCCUGUGCGUUGACUACCUUUCAUCUGAAGCCUGUGGUUGCCGGAUACCAGUGGAUUUCAGCAGUUCUAAGCUUCUCCUUAGCCUGGUGCACAGUAUCAUAUUGAGCAAACGGGCCUGCAUGCUUAGCAGGAAGGAAGCCGAUCAUAUCAGUAUUUUGGUGUUGAAGGCCUUUCUGUUUACAAUCCCCCAAAAUGUGGAUUCUACUGCUGUGUUAGGAAAAUGCCAUUACAUAUCUAUAAAAAAUAAGAGAGUUAUGGAUUCUACUGUCUAUCCUGGACUUUUAAUUGAAAUGCCAGAAAUGCAUCUGACCCCGCCUUUCAAAAGAACUGCUUCAGGCCAGAUCAGAGUGGCUCUGUUUGGCAUGUCUAUGUCAGGAGAUUUGUCUCAUGCAGGAGAAGGAGCCAUAGCUAUCCACCACGGAGUUUCUCUAGAAGCCGAAGUGUUGGAUCAAUUACUUGGUGUAGGCAGGAAAGUAAUGAUGGAUGGUGUUGGUCUUGUGAUAUGCCAGAAGGUCAUCCACCCAACCUUGAAACAGUAUUUAAAGGAGAACGAUAUUGUUGCUGUCGAGAGAGUUGGAAUACAAAUGAUGGAGCCCUUGCAGAAAAUGACAGGUUCUCAGCCAAUACCUUCUUUACAUUUCCUGUCUCCUGCAUGUUACGGCCAUCUAAAGGACUUACAGAUUCAAUGUUUUGAUUCAAAACGGUUCUUGCAUCUAAUUCCUGAUCAGCCAGUUGUCUGCAGCUUGCUACUCUGUAAUAGGAAUGAAACAGCAUGGGAUGAACUAAAGCUUGCUUGUCAAACUGCAGAACAUGCCUUGCAGUUAACAGUCAAAGAUCCAUGGAUUUUGCUGGGCGGAGGCUGUACCGAAACUCAUGUGUCCUCCUACAUAAAGCACAAGAGUUGUAGUGUAUCAGAAGGCACCUUGGAAGAUCUAGGCUGUUCUUCAGAGGAAUUCCACUUAGUAACUGAUUGUUUUUGCCACUCGCUGGAGUCUAUUGCUCGCUCUCUGGAGCAUGACAGUGGUGAUGUUCUCAUUGAUACCCAUUGGGGUCAUUCGUGGUCUAUUCCACCUAACAUUCCUAGCAACUCUGAAUGGUCAGAUUUUGUUCAAAAGUGUGGGUGUGGCCUUUGCAACAAACAGGAAGGCCUCAACUGGAAGAUGUUAAACUGUCGUUCUGUUUCUUUCCUUCCCAAAAACUGUGUGAAUGAGUUCUCUCUCACCUCUGCUGAUCAGCUUGUCCUGGAUUGUUUUGCCGCAAAACGGAACGGUUUACAAGUUGCAGUUGAGACAGCUCAUCUCAUUUUAGAUAUAUCACAUAUAAUUGAAGAUUGUAAUUAGUUUCAUGUGCAUGUUCAGCAAGUGUGAUGUAUUUGUGCUGGCAUUUCUAGGCCUCUUUCCAACCACAUCCAGAAAAAAGUGUAACAAACAUUGGAAUUCUCAAGGUCAUGUUUGGUAUUACCCAACAAUCUGUUACUGGAUGGAAAAAGCGAUUCCUGCUACGUUACUGAUCCCAGAGAACCAUUUGCAUGUAUGUAGGUAUCCUUAGAGUGCCAUAGUUAUGGAUGAGAAAUAUUGGUUGCAAAGUUGGCAUUUCUGGAUGUAAUAUAGAUACUUUGGACUUAUUUUUGUUUCUUUGCAUGUUUAAUAUUUUUAAAAAGGCAUAUGUUACUGACUACGCUUAUGCACAUGUAACAUCUUUUGCUAGGAUACAUGACCACUCCUUGUCCAGAAUAUGAAAAGUGAAAGAUUGUGACUAAACAAAAUUUUAAUGUACAGAUAAUAUCACCAGAAAUUAUUUUAGCCUUUUUAAUAAAUGUUGUUAUUGAUGUUAAGCUCACCAUGGAAAACAUUGUAUAUUGUUAUGUGUAUACUAGGUUAAUUAUUUAAAGACUGAAGUGCAACAUAACUAGAUUCUAAAUAAUCUAUUUUUCAAAACACACAACAGUCCAAACAGUAAAAGUAAAGUCCAAAUUAAGAAUAUUUCAUUCUUAACUUAAGAAUUGUUUAAUUUAAACUGGUUUAGUUGUAAUAGAUUGUGAUAGAUUCAAAAUAGUUUUCAAGAGUAUGUACAAAAAAUACUUUUUUUUUCAAGCAUCAGCUAAAUUAGAUAUAUUACACUGAGAAAAGUGUUUCUCAUUUCUUUCCUGUUACCUUUAUUGAUUUCAUUGCAGAGAUGUUAAUAUAGGAAAUAGAUUAUUUUGUUAUCUAAUUUUACCUUCCAAAAAAACAGAAACAGAUGGGAAAUAUGAGAUUCUUUCCUGUUGGCUUUUUUGAGUUAGCUGUUUUAGAUUCUAAAAGUUUAAUUCCUAAAGAAGUAAACUUGUAAAUAAUUUUAAUGUCCUCCUCUAGUGUGUAUCAUACCUUAACUGAAACAUCAAUUCUGUCUGCUUUCCUUCCAUUUAACACAUCAAAAGUGUUCCAUAUACAAUUGGUAGUAAGAAUGAAUUGAUCCUGCCUACUUAAAAUAUAGAGCAGUUUUUUUUUUCUGUCUUUGAACUGGGAAUAUCCUGGGAUAUGGUUUAAAAAAGUCACAGUUUUGGCUAUCACAGUGCAAUCAAAGUUCCACCAUUUUUUAUGUGUGUCACCUAGCAUGGCUAUCAUCUUGAAUAUUUUUUUCCAAACUCUGCAUGAAUCUCUGCUUUGUAUAUGAACAGCCAUAUUUUUCCUAACACAAUGUUUAUAUAAUUUUUUUUAAAAUUAGACACACACAUGUCAUUUUGUUAACUCUCUUCUUCAUUAUUAUUAGCUACAAAAUUUGCAGGUGAUCUUGAAAAGUGAGCUGUAAAUUCUUGCCUAUGUCUCUACACCAGGGAUAGGCAAUCUUGGCUCCUUUAUGACUCGUGGACUUCAACUCCCAGAAUUCCUGAGCCAGCAUAGCUGGCUCAGGAAUUCUGGGAG